GGCGGUCCUGGGCCCUAGGGGAGGGGCCCACUGAGCAUGUCCCCCCCACAUACACCCUUGCUUCCUCUCCGGGGAGCCCAGCUGCCGAAAGAUACAAAGCCCCUAGAAAUGUUUUUCCCUCAAUUGACCUGCAUCAGGGGGCCCCCCAUUCUGCUCUGGGUUCUGGUCCUGGCCUGGGCCACAGUGGGUCACGAAGAUGAAUUGCUGACUACCCAGCAACCUGAGGAGGACAGGGAGGAAGGUUGGAAGGUGUCCCGUUUCUUCUGGAAGACAGUAGAGCCCCUGAUGACCAAGGCCAGUGAGAGCUGGGACUGGAUCCGGACUCCAGGCCCUGUCCGAGGCUAUCUUCAGACUUAUUAUGAAGACCAUCUCAGUGGCCUGGGCCUCAGAGCCCAGAACUGGUUCCGUACUUCACAGCAGAAAGCCCUAAGUCUCUGCCCCGAAAGAUUCUGUGGAAACGAUUAGAGCCGAUGGGCUAAGAAGCAAGAAACCCAAGUUCUCAUCAUACCGGCCAUAGAGUCAAAUAAAUGACUUCCCUUCUCUAGGCUUCCAUUCUCCCCAUUAUCAAGUAAUUGUUGGACUUCUGAAGGUUCUAUGUUCUGACAUUCCCUGUUCUAAGCUCCCUCCCAGCUCUGACAUUCUGUGUUCUGAAACCCUUUCUAGCUCUGACUUUCUGUUCCAAGGGCCCUUCUAGCUCUGAUAUUCUGUUCUAAGAGCCCUCCCAGUCCAGACAUUCCCUGCUCUGAGACCUCUCCUAGCCCUGAAAUUCACUAUUCUAAACUUCUUCCCAGCUCUGACAUUCCCUGUUCUAAGCUCCCUCCCAGCUCUGACAUUUUCUGUCCUAAGGGUCCUUUUUGCUCUAACAUUCUUUAUUCUGUGUUCUAUAAUGUUGUGUUGGAAGGGUCUUCACAGCUAGGACAUUCAAUAACGAGCAAUUAUCUGUAAAACAAUAUGUCCUGCCUCUGUCAGUGUCCACAAUAAAGUCUAGCCUCUUUCUCUU